GGCAACAGCACAGGAAGUGGCGCGCAACUGUUGAAAAAACUGUCACACAACAAACUGAAGGAGAUUUUGAACUGUUUAGCGUCGUCAACCUCAAAACUACAGUGGCAGAAAUAUAAAAAGCCUCAAACUCUGUUCUGGUAACCACUGUGGCUUCAUACAGCAAAACAUGUCGUUUGUGAGAUUGGGGCGUCCACAACAACACGGCAAAGGAAAAAAGCUCGUUCGCCCCAAAAAGGCUACAGGUCCCAAAAGAGAGUGGGUGAGCACUGUCAAUGACCUGUCUGUGCACAAGCUGUCACCUGCAGAACUGAGUCAUCGGCAUGAGAUUCACAAGUCUCACAACAAGGCAGCAGCUCAGUGGGAGCUGAGAGAGAAAGCUCUGAAACGCCAUCUCAAACAUCCCAGGAGUCCUGCACCUCUGGACCAGGCCAGCCUCAGCAUCAUCAGGGAGGUUUUCUCUGAUCAGCUGCUGCUGCAGGAUGUGCUGGCCCGAUCUGACAGAGCCAUGGCCGUGGUCAAGGACCUGUUUGGAGAUGCUCCACGCAGGCAGACUGGGCAUCCCAGUGUUACCAUGGCUCCAAACUGUGACUCUGACUCAGAACUGCCUGUUCUUCAGAAACCAGAUCCUCCGACACAGCUGUCACUGCUCAGCCAGUCUAUGAUGGACCAGCAGGCUCUUAAUGAACUAGAAGCUUCAGAGGAAGACCACAGUGAUGAAGAUGCCUAUCCCUCUGGCAGUUCAGAGUAUCAUGUAAUCCGAAGGGCCAAUGUAAGAAAAAUGAAGGCACAGUCUCGGGGUAGAUCGAUACAGCAGCAGAAAGUCCAUCGUCCCAUCUCUGAGAAGGGAAACAGAGACAGUGUUCCUGUAACCCCCUGCACAUCAGACAGAGCACCAGACCAAACAGCUCUCAAUGCCACAGUGGCUGUUCAACGUGUUCGGACCAGACAGAGCCAGUCAGAGGAAACCAAGGAGGAACCGUCUGUCCUGGUCUCUCAGGUCCUGAACCCUGACAUACCUCCCAAUCAGACAGGAAGGAUCAGCAGUCGAACCAGGAGGACUAAGAAGUGUAUUUCUCAGAGUUCAGAGCUGGAUGGCUCCUCUCUCGCCUUUCUCAGUGGGGACCAGUCUAGUUUAGGCCUGCUGCAGGCCAUGUUGGGUCAGGUGGAGGCAGACUUAGAUACCUUGAAUCCAGAUGCAGUACCAGAGUCAACACAGAGUCCAAAACAGCACCGAACACAAGGCCUCACUGGAUUCUCUGUCGCGCUGGUCUCCACACUCGGACGUUUAGUGCACCUCCUAAAACAGACGGAGGAAGAUGUUCAAAAAGGGGCUCAGGAGAGGAGAAGACUGGAGGAGGAGAUGAGAGAGCAGCGGGGCCUGAUUGAUGCUCUCACCGCAGAGACCAUGACUCUGAGAGAAGAGGCCGUCGCCCUGCAGGCAGGGUUGCAGCAGCAGACCGCAGAGCUGGAGCAGAAGUUGGACACAUUGGUGUUGGUGGUAGGGGGACUUGGACUACUGGAGGCACACACUGACCCACUCCAAGAGUCUGAUGUCAAAGCUGCAGUUGGUCAGUCUGCACCUGUUCCUGAGCGAACACAAGCCUCUGUUUCUCCUGCUGUUCUGCUCUCUCCACCUCGACAGAGAGACAACUGGCAACAUAUCCCAGUGAUGCAUCCUGUUCCAUUGCAUCAGCAACUUCCUCCUGUAGAUAACUUCCCUUCUUGUGAGGACAUCCAGUCUCAGAGCUCAGCCUCCAGCCUCACCAGCCUCCCUCUCGCCAGCCUUCCCUCCACCUCCUCACUCUCACUGAUGUCUGACCCCCUCAGCUCGCAGCUCCCUGCAGAGGCCAUGCUGGCUGAGAUCGCUCAGCUGAGCAGACAGAACGACCUGAUCAGGGCCCAACUUAGCCAGGCGAAGAGCCUUGGGUCAGGGGGCAGAGGAUCGCCUAAUGACAGCAGUGAGAGGAGGAGAUCGAGCUCUAGCAACAGCGGAAGACUUACACCGCAAAGUGUUGGAGAGAGGAGGAUGUCAGGGUCCAGCAGCACAGGGAGACCGAGCAUCCAGGUCGCUGACGGAGACACAGUGACUCAGCAGGCCACGUCUCCAAACACCCUCAGUGUGAGCAGUGUGGAACAGCGCCUCCUAGAGCUAAACAGGCAGAGUGCAGCAGCCAGAGGUCGACUGUUGGAGCUUAUAGAGCAACAGAAACAGAGUGUUUCAUCCAAGGUUUCUCCCUCUGUUUCCCCCAGCCCUACUUCUGCCUUGAGCCCACAUACAGCAGUUGGAGGAGGAAGUCCAGAGGUGUCCAUUCUGUCACAGGCUGGUGGUGGUGAGAGGCGUAUUACCACCAUGAAACUGUUAAACAUCCUCACCCUCUAUGAAGUCAUCUUUGUUAUUUUUUAGUUCCUUUUUGUGAUUUGAUAUGAAUGGAAAUGAUUGUGUUAAAUCAGCAUAUGAUAUCAUCUCAUAUUGAUCGCUGGCUCCUGAAUCGAAUCGAAUUGAAAUCUUAUCAUAGCAGACCUUGUGAAAUCAGCAAACAUCGAAUCGUUGUCCAUUGUAUUGAUAUAAUAUCGUAUCGUGAUAAAACUUGUGAUUCACACCCCAAAUAUCUUGCCAUCUGACAUGCAGUUUGGAAGGAGUAUGAACCCCAUUUAAGUGGCUAAGUGAAACAUGAAAUAGAUAUGCAAAAUAUCAUCAACAGUAGAAAGUGAGGGUUUGCAUCUUUUGGUAAAAAGCAUCACAUACCAGCUAUACAAUAUAAUAUAGCUAAACAAUACACAUAUCUUUGUGUGUAUGUGUGGUCAGUAAGGACAGAGCAUUAUACAUUA